GCAGACACACGCUUAUUUGUCCACCUGGCAGAUACAGAGGCCCAUGGCUGUGAGAAAGUGACGAUUAGGACAUGUGACACGGAUGUUCUUGUCAUAGCAGUAUCCUGUAUUCAGCAGUUGCCUCAGCUUCAAGAGCUAUGGGUGCAUUUUGGCAUGGGCAAGCAUUCCAAAUUUCUGGCUGCGCACGAAAUUGCCAAUGUUCUAGGUCCUGAAAAGUCAGAAUCGUUGCUGGGUUUCCAUGCUUUUACCGGCUGCGACACAGUGUCCUAUUUCAAAGGAAUCGGAAAACUCACAGCCGUAAACGCUUGGCUGAAAUAUCCUGGAGCAACAGUAACAGAUGGAUUUGAAGCUCUUCAAGACGGGACAGUUGUUCAGGCUAUGGGCAAUUAAGAAGUAUUUGUUGUUUCAACCUACACCAGGACUGCGUAUUGCGAGACUGUGAACGAGUGCCGGAGGGUGUUGUUCACAAAGAGCGACCGUCAGCUGGAAUCCAUUUCACCAACAAGAGACGCUCUGGAGCAACAUGCUAAGAGAGCUUCCAUUCAGAGUCAAGUGUGGAGACAAUCUCUGGAGCGUGAACAAAACUUUCCCGACCCAGCGGACUUUGGCUGGAAAAAAUGUGAAGAGGGUUGGGAACCUGUGUGGCGCACGAUUCCUGUUGCAUCUGAAGCUUGUGAGGCACUAAUUAAAUGUUCCUGUCAAAAGGGGUGCGUACCGGCCCGCUGCAAAUGCCUGAAAAACGGUCUCAAUUGUUGCGAGCUGUGCAAGUGUACCUGCCAACUCUGUACCCCAUGA